UCUGGCAAUGAAGCGGGUAAGCGUUGACGCAUUCGAAAAUCACUGUCAAUAAUGGUUUGAGAAUAAAAAAUUUGGUUUGCUCGGAUUUAGUUAGCGAUGUGUUGAAAACCUGAACGGAUUUACUAAUUAGGCGGCGCGCAAAUAAAAUAGCAGCUAAGUAAGAAAAAAGUGGUUAAUAAUAGUGCGAUUGGUUUAUGACGUUUAUACCAAGAAAAACACCAUGUCUACAAAAAAUAACAUAUUUCGGCUGCUGCUUAUCGUUUACUUAGCACACUGGACACGAGCAACGACUAAAGAUUAUGUCGAUCUACUCAAAUUGCCUGACAAUGAUGAAUUUCAAUGGGGUCGUCACGAUAAUGAAAAUGCUUACAGCGAACUGCAUUCUAAUUCUAACGAAUAUAACAGUACUAGCGGCGGAGGCGAUUAUUUGAUGCGUCACAUAUUGAAGAAGCGUCAAGUGAUUUUUCAAGAAAACAAAGACUACGGUGACUGCCGCACUUCGUUGGGAGAGGUUGGCCGUUGCCGACACCCACUCUACUGCCGCAUACCUGAGUUGAAAGACGAUGUUUGGCGCUUAAUCUCGCAGUUGUGCAUUAUUGAACAAAAGUCUAUAGGCGUCUGUUGCACUGACAACACCGAGAACCGUUCCAGUCCCCAAGUUAUUGCUGAUGUUAACAAUAAUGGCUUGGAGGAGGCACGCAUUGUCAACAAGCCCGAGAAACGAGGUUGCGGACUUACCACCAAACAAUUUCCACGCAUUACGGGCGGCCGUCCAGCGGAACCGGAUGAAUGGCCGUGGAUGGCUGCGUUAAUACGUCCCGGUUUGCCAUAUGUGUGGUGCGGAGGUGUGCUUGUCACUGAUCGCCAUGUCCUGACAGCAGGACACUGCGUCCACAAAUUCAAUAAAGAUGAUAUAUUUGUGCGCUUGGGCGAAUAUAAUACGUUGUUGGUUAAUGAGACUCGUGCGCGUGAUUUUCGCAUUGCGAAUAUGGUGAUACAUAUCGAUUACGACCCGCUAACUUACGAGAAUGAUAUUGCGCUGCUACGUCUGGAUCGUGCUACACUCUUUAACACAUACAUCUGGCCAGUUUGCAUGCCCCCUAUUAAUCAAAUUUGGGAGGGACAGGUGGGCGUAGUCACUGGUUGGGGUACACAAACUUUUGCCGGUCCCCAUUCGAAUAUUCUUAUGGAGGUACUGCUGCCAAUUUGGAAACUUUCCGACUGUCGAAAAGCGAUGGUUGAGCGCAUUCCGGAUACAGUACUGUGCGCUGGCGUUCGUGAAGGCGGGCAGGACUCCUGCCAAGGCGACAGUGGGGGUCCAUUAUUGGUACAAUUGCCCAAUCGUCGCUGGGUCACCGUCGGUAUUGUCUCUUGGGGUGUGCGCUGCGGUGAAGCCAAUCGUCCUGGCAUGUAUACGAGCGUUAACCAUUAUAUGCAUUGGAUACUCGAAAAUUCGGAUAUUUAAUGUCGUUAAAACAUCUUAGUUGUGUCCUUAAAAAGUAAUAUAUUAAAUAAAAAAUUUUUCAAUACUCGCUAAA